AUGGAGAGGUUUUGAUAAAAAGUUAUGAAACGGUUUUAGCGGUGGUGGAUGCGGCGGAUUGAGUGGUGCUGUGACGGCGUUGUUAUCAUCGUCGGGAUCAUAAUCUGGAUUGAGAUUACGAUCUAUAGCUUGACGACCUUGUUCAAGACAAGGUUUACAUGAGAUCUCGAUUGUGAUCCAACCUAAUUUCAGCAUAACGAUUAGUGUAGCUUAUUAUACUUGUCUAUAAAUCCAUAUGUUGAAAGAAAACAAACGCACAUCACCAGCUUUCAUAACGGACGAAUCGGUUUACGCAAACUCCCAUCAAAACCGAAACCCUAAUUUUUGCCUGAAAACGUUGGUUACCGCUGCAAACUCUUCGUUGUUGGAGAUGGAGAAAUCGUUGUUGACUGCAAUAAAUGUUGAGGUUAGCAAUCAUAUACCCGAUGAUAUUGUUUUCUUUAUUCUCUCCAAACUUCCUCUCAAAUCCUUGAAGCGAUUUGGUUGCGUACGCAAAUCAUGGUCCCUCUUGUUUGAUGACAAUUGUUUCAUGACUAUGUUCCGGAGCAAUCUCUUAACAAAAGAUCAUCCUUAUUAUGAUUAUACAUCUGUCUUCGUACAAACCAAACAUGGUGCUUACUAUGACAAUUAUAGAUAUCGAUUGCAUUCUCUUUCGGGUGACAACAUUGUCGAAUUAGAUUGGCCGAAUCCAUUUCCAUGUCCAAUUCAAGAGGAGGAUAACUACUCCCCAUCUUCAUCUGAAGAAGAAGAUGAAGAGUCAGAGGAUAACCGCGUGCCACCAGUUACACGUUUUCUUAUUGUGGGCUCAGUUAGUAUUAAUGGCACUCUUUGUCUGGACAAUCAGUAUAGUAAAGCCGAACUUUGUUUGUGGAAACCAACUACAAACGAAUUCAAGGUCAUUCCUUCCAGCCCAAUUCUAUCUAUACCUUAUUACCGUGUUUCGCCCGUUCACGCUCAGGUUGGUUAUGACCAUGUUAAAGAUGACUAUAAGGUGAUUCGGAGCAUGGGUGCUUUUCCAAACCCUAAAUUACCACCCGUUUACUUUUGGGAUUUAUAUAGUCUAAAUAGUAACACUUGGAGUACAAUUGAGGCCGAUGUUCCCCGUUCUAUUGACAAUGUAGACGUGUACACUGAUGGAGUUUGUCAUUGGUGGGGUGAAAGAGAAAAGCAUGCAUAUUUGGUGUCAUUUGACUUCAGCAAUGAAUCUUUCAUUACAACACUCAUACCCUCAUACGUGGAUGAUAGUGAUGCUUUUAAUUAUGCAGUUGGGAGAACUUUGGUGCUACUAAAUGGGUCUAUUGCUUUAAUCUUAACUCAUUCAGAGACAUAUAUGUUUCACAUAUCAAUUUUGGGUGAGCUUGGUAUAAAGGAUUCAUGGACUAAACUCUUCAUUAUUGGACCAUUACCUCCCCUCUGGAAUCCAAUUGGAUCUGCUAAGAAGAACAAAAUACUGUUCCAAAAUAAAUACGGUGGAUUAGCCUUGUUUGAUCUAAGUAACAAGACUAUUGAGGAGAUUUGUGUUAUACCAAAUACUACUUUUUGUAAAACAGUACUCCAUAAAGAAAGCGAUCUUCCAAUUGGAGGAAUAAAUAAUUGAUUUAUUUCUUCGGUUUUCUCUCACGAGUUAUGCUUGCUAGGAUUUUAACUUGUAGAGUGGCUUGUCAAAUGCGCAUGUCAUAAUUAUUAUCAACUAUGUACCAAAUUAAGAAACCAUUUGAUAAUAUGAAUUGUGCUUUAUUGUUUUUAUUUUGAAAGUUUACUCUUUUUUCAUCUGCAAACUGAU